CAUUAGAGCUGUCAAUCACUCUGGUCACAUCCGUUCCUACGACUGGUUUGCCAGGGUAGUACAGUAAGGCCGAAGUUUUGUAAGUUACCUCACUUCACCAUGGCGCUUUAUAAAUCGACAUUUGAAAAACUUGUGGCCGUGUUAACCUGCCAGCGGUGUAAGAAGCUGUUCUCGGAGCCUGUCGUUCUGUGGUGCAGAGACAACAUCUGCUUAGCCUGCGCAAGAGACGUGUUGUCCAAAGAGAAAGAGUCUGACAAUAAGGGCUGGUAUCCCUGUCCUGUGUGUCUUGAUGACGUGCCACUGAGAGAGGACUUUGACGGCUAUACUUAUAACCGUCAGCUCGGUAAAGCGGCUCUGGUUACAAAUGUAAUGAAAGAACUAAUCUCAGUGGGGUGCAGCACUGCCCGCAGGCUGACCAGUGACCGGGACAGUGGGGUAGGGAAUGAAGACGGACGAUCGGAGGCCUCGUUUGUGACCGGUCACUCCCUGGCUAGUAUGGAGCCUCCCCCUAACCUGGCACCAGGGGGCGCACUAUUACAUAACAUGGAGCGCUACAAACCGCUGUUUGAAAAACUUGUGAACGUUUUAACGUGCCCGCGGUGUAAGAACCUGUUCUCGGACCCUGUCAUUAUGGACUGCGGGCACAGUAUCUGCUCGUCCUGUGCUGCAGAUUCCGUGUCCAAAGAGGGAGGGAUCUGGUGUGACUGUCCUGUGUGUGGAGAAAAGGACCUAGAGCGUUGUUCUAACACUCAGCUGGGUAAAGCGGCUCUGGUUGUAAAUGUAAUAAACAAAGUCAUGGCAUGGUGGUACAACACUGUCCGCAGAGUGACCAGUGACCGGGACAGUGGGGUAGGAAGUGAAGACGGACGAUCGAAGGCCUCUUUUGUAACCGGUGUCUCCUGGGCUAGUAUGGAGCCCCCCCCUAACAUGGCAGCAGGGGGCGCACUGUUCUAUCACUUCACCGUGGAGCUCUACAAGUGGGCGUUUCAGGAACUUGUGAACGUUUUAACCUGCCAGCGGUGUAACGACGUGUUCACGGACCCUGUCAUUAUGUACUGCGGGCACAGUAUCUGCUUCGUAUGUGCUGUAGAUAUAGAGCUCGAAGCGAAAAACAAACGGUAUCCCUGUCCUCUGUGUGGAGAUCUGCAGAUACGCCUUCGUUAUUGCAGUAACAGUGAGCUCGGUGAAGCGGCUCUCGUUGCAAAUGAAAUGAAAGCAGUAAUUUCAGGGGGUAGCACUGCCCGCAGAGUGCCCAGUGACCCGGACAGCGGGGUACGCAGUGCAGACGCACGAUCGGAGGCCUGUUUUGUAACCGCUUAUUCCUGGGCUAGUAUGGAGCUCCCCCCUAACAUGGCACAGGGGGGUGCACUGUUAUAUCAGUUCAGCACUGGGCUGUACAAAUUGGCUUUGCAGGAAGUUGGGGACGUUUUAACCUGCCCGCAGUGUAAGAAGCUGUUCACAAACCCUGUCGUUAUGGACUGUGGACACAAUUUAUGCUUGGCCUGUGCUGCAGAUACACCGUCCAAACACGAAGGGGGCAGGCAAUGUCCUGUGUGUGGAUGUAAGCAGGCAGCGUUUUAUUCUAAUAACCAUCAGCUCGGUAAAGCGGCUCUACUUGCAAAUGUAACCAAAGAAGUAAUCUCAUUGGUGACCAGUGACCAGGACAGUGGGAUAGGGAGUGAAGACGCACGAUCGGAGGCCUCUUUUGUAAGCGGUCACUCACAGGCUGGUAUGGAUCACCCCCCUAACAUGUUACCGGAUGGCGCAGGUGUACCUGAUGGGUUGAACAAUGUUAAGCACAACCAGAUCCUCUCAUGGGUGACUUCUGCCGGUAGCAUGGAGCCUCCUAACAGGGCAUCAAAUAAGGGUUCUAUCUCUAGCCCGGAGCCUCCCCCCAGCAUGGCCCCUGGGACCGAACUUGAAAUGAGCUCCAUUCCUGAUGUGGGUGACCAGGGAGGGUCUGAAGGCCAGGAGGAGCACAUCGGUACUGCAUCUAACUGCACUCUGACAAGCAGGGCGCACCGUUUCCACCCGUACCCGGCUCGGCCUGACCGGACCAAGUCAUCCUCUUUGCAUGCUCUGUGGGAACUCAUGACGGACUCCCGUAUAGACGGGGGGUUUGUUGAAGAUGUUAUUGUGGCUUGUCAAGGUGUUCUCGGUAAUUCUACCAGCAUUCAGGCACCGGAACAUCCUGACCCAACUAACACUGCUGUCCGGGACCUGAAGUGAUGCUGUAACAGUGGACGGGCCUGCCCGAACUCACCCUGCAGGACGGACACUGACAGGGACACCACAGACAGACCCACCGGGAUCCAAGAGUUGAACCACGGAUUUCUAACAUAAGCUUUGAUACCUUGGGCACCAGGACGGCAGAACCUCAGUCCUGACUGAAUCUUGUACGUUUAUGUACAGACUCGUCUGUUUAUAUCCCAGGAUGGUGGCCCUAAUAAUGUCCAGUGCACUUUACAGUUUACAUCUCCAGCAUCUCUGACACAAGCUGAUUUUUUCAUCUGUAUUUUCUGGUGUCCCUCCCUGUUAAUCCCUCCUAACAGUGCUGUUUGGGCAGUAAAGUUGUUGGGUUACAUAAGUAAAUGAGGGAAAAUUUAUUAAAGUUAUAGAAAUGGUAUGGUGAUGGACAUGGUCCGGUGCUUCACGGUCACCUGUUAAGGUACCGAGCAGGUCGGACUGCAACGGGGAAAGCAGAUGCGGUCUUCUUGUUUAGAGAGCGAAAAUUAUAAGAGAGUAAGUAAAUAAAAAAGUGUUUUAUAUCUGUGUGUGUGAAAACUGAGAGCCAUCAAGCAGCAGUUAGGAGGUUUACAUAAAGUUCCCACCUCUUUUGGCUCAACAUACCCUAAACAAAGGGGAAACAAAGGCUCAGGACAGGAACAGGUUUUUAAUACUGUUAUUAUAAACUUAGAAAGUUCCUUCAGUAACAGGUUAUUUGUUAGCAUGCAUUUUUUGAAGGCAAUAAAUAGUCUGAAACUCCAAUAUAUCUCAUUAUUUAAUGACUGCUCACCAGUGAUUUGCCAGCAAACCCCACAUGUAAGAUGAGUAAAGGUAAGGGACUAAAACAUUAGUAAAUAUCUAAAUAUUUUUCUGAAAAUGUAAUAUUUUAGAUAUAAAAUGCAUCUCCACAGCCCAGGUCACAUUAGUUUGAGGUGCUUGUUAUGUAUGUUAAUGGAAAAUUACUACAAACUGCGGUGAUACCUAAUCAGGACACCAGUGGUAAUUAGCAGGUGUUGUUACAAUGGCCGAACUGUCCUGGCUACUGGUUUUACAGACUCACUUGAUCUGGUUACCAGUAGACACUAUAGCAUUAGUACAAGGAGACGCGAUCAUUCUUUGAGGUUUCCUAGUACAAUACAUAAGUAUCUCUGCAGCCAACAUGGUAUAACAGGACACAGUAACAAAGUGUACUUUGACAAAGGUUGUGACAGCGGGUCAUUUUUUCACACAAAAGAAAUUAAUUGCAAGUGAUCUCUUUGAUAGAUUAAACAGUAUGGAAAUUAAUUGAACUGUCACAGAAAUUGUGGGAACUUUGCCAUAACAGUUUAUGUAAGACAAUCAUCCUUUUGUUUGCUAAUAAACUUUCUGAAAUAUUGGUGCAGAUCA